AUGUCUGCCUUCACUCCCGUCACUGCUUCCGGCGCCUGCCCUCCUGCCGGUCCCUACUCCCAGGCUGUCCGCGCCAACGGCCAGGUCUUCAUCUCCGGCCAGAUCCCCGCCGACGCCUCCGGAAACCUUGUCACCGGUAACAUUGGCGAGUUGACCCAGGCCUGCUGCAACAACAUCAAGGCCAUCGUUGAGGCUGCCGGCUCGAGCGUCGAGAAGAUCGUUAAGGUCAAUGUCUUCCUCACUGACAUGGCCAACUUCGCUGAAAUGAACGCUACCUACGAGAAGUUCUUCGCUCACAAGCCCGCUCGCAGCUGCGUUGCUGUCGCUCAGCUGCCUAAGGGUGUCCCUGUUGAGAUUGAGUGCAUUGCUUUGCAGUAA